GAUGCGGAACUUGCUCGUCUUUACAGCCUAGGGCUGCUAAAAACAGCGAUAUAUACACGUAUAUAUAUGCAUAUAUGUGUAUAUAUGCCUCCGCGACUUUAUAAAACCACAGGCUAUACAAUGCGAUAAGGGUUACCUCCAAUACUGAAGAAGAAACAGAAGUUUGGAGGGCGUUUGAAGAGGUGACGGGAGUAAACCAGAGUUGCAGAGGUUUACCAUCGUUUCAAAAGUGGUCCUGAUAUUAGCCUGGUCCAAUGCUGGUGUGGAGAGCGUUUCCUGUGGUAGGACUUAACAAGAGCAAGACCCGGAACAGCCUGGCCCUAGAUGGAUCGCUGUCUCCAGUGAUGACAAUAACGAUGGCUAUGGAGUGAUGAAUGGGAGUCAUCGCCAGAGAUCUUCAGGGUCUCCAAGGAAGCCACAGGCCAGUAAGACCAACCAGGCAGAACUUGAGGUUCGGCCCCUGGACCAGCUGAAAUCCAGCCAUGCCUCUGUUUCGGGCUUUGGAUCACUGGGGAAAGGCCCAGCAGGGCUGGAGGAGACAGAGGAAGAUGAAACACAGCAGCUCCUGGAGGACAGACGAAAAUGGUUCGGUCCGCUCGCUGACACACAUGUGCCUGCAAAGUGUGGCUGACAACAUGAAGGAAGUGUGGGUGAAAGACUACGCUGACAACUACCUGGAUCAAUACUCAUUUACAUACAUCAUGGGACCUUUCAAUGUACUGCCUGGCGACCUGGUGGAGGAGCUGACAUGUCUUCUCUGCAGCAGAAAGGAGCUGUCUCGAGCUGCUCUCCACCUCCUGCUGGUCCCCCAGCUCAGAAGCUUGUCUCUGGACAGAUGUCCUGGUCUGGUCACCCCUGCUCUCUGUACCCAUGUUGCUGCUCGCUGUCAGGGUCUUUGCAGUCUGGACCUGUCUGGAGCCCAGCAGCUUCCCUCCAGGGUCCUGUGUGAAACCCUCCACAGUCUACCUGCCCUGCGCUCACUCUCCUUGGCCGGUUUGCCGUGUGACAGGAGUGUAAUCCUGACAGUUGUCCGCUGCUGCCGUUUCUUAAGACAUCUAGACGUAUCCCGCUGUCAUUUGCUUUCCCCGGCUGCACUGCUUCCUCUCGGAGGUGGGCCUCUCUGUUCUCCCUCUGUCAGUCCCUCGGGCUUGUCUUCUGUUUCCUGCUCUGUUGAUUCCUCCUCUCUUCCCCCAAACCUGUCUCCUCUCCCCCUCAGUAGUCUGCUGGCUAUGGAUAUUGGGUUUGGGGAACAGGAGGGAGACCCGGUGGUAGGAGCUGCCUACCUCCUUCUCUCGCUGCCCUCCCUGGAAAGGGUUGCCAUGGAUCAGCUCGGACAGGCCUGCCGUCUCAUCGAGCGUCGAGACUUUGACCAGGCAGACGAGUUUGCUGCCAGGGAGGGAGUUCCCAGGCUGAAGGAGUUGUGGAGGGAGAGGGUGCACAGGCAGCACAGCGACGGUGGGAGUACGAAGAAAAAAGGGACGCCAGUAGAUAAAGAUGAGAGUGAAGAGGAAGAGAGGAUAUUCUGGGAGGGAGAGGAAUGUGACAUUGAGGAAGAUGCUAGUAAUGAGGGGGCAUCUUGCUCUUAUAACCAAAUAGAGGAAGAAUAUCAAGUUUUGUCACAGUCAGACCUGAUUCUGAAUCUGAGAAAUGUCACGGGUGUUACUUGUAACUCUCUGAAAAGUUUAGGUCAGUUAUGUCCGGGCAUCAAAUCCAUGUCUGUGAACAUGGAUGCGUGUGUAGACGCAUCUGUAGGUAGAAGCCAGGGGUCUUUGUUGGCCACAGGCAUCCAGAGCUGGGCAGGAAAGCUGCAGAGUCUUUCUCUCAUCUUCCCCAACCAUAUGUGGAGUCUUCUUCUUGCCUUGGAAGUUGCAGGCACCUCCUUGACCUCUCUCACACUGGAGGGAGUGAAAACCUGCCCCAGCACGCCCCUGAUGAAGGUCCUCAGGGCCUGUCCCAGACUCAGAGAGCUGCUCAUCUCUGCUGAGCCUCCCAACAGCCGACAGGUGGAACGUAUGAAUGAUUUGUUACAACAUGAGGAUGAUCAGCUGGAAGAUCAGGACCUGCCAAAGCUGCCAGACCUCCACUCUCUCACGCUCAGUUUCUCCUAUGAUCACACCCAGAAGAAGCCGGCCAUGUCCUGGAUGUCCCUGAGGAAGGUGCUCGGUGUUCUCCUGAACGGUUCCACUUCACUGGAGAAGAUCUCACUCGUGUCUCUGCCGUGCCCUCUGGACUUUGUUUUAAUGAGUACGCUGCUCAGAGGGCACCACUUCCUUAUGCCUUGUUUUGCAAAUUCAGCAGGUUCAUCCCCGUUGCCACUCCAACGGGUGCAAUAUAUUGAGCUGAUGCGAACAGAUGUGUGUAUGACAACUCUGAGAAGAAUACUGUGGUGGAGCAAGAGGCUCGAGUAUAUGGAUGUGAGUUGUUGCUGGCAAAUCAACAAAUCUGACUGGUUAGACUGCAAAAAGUUCAGUAAAGUUCAAGUUGUCUGGGAGUAGUAAAGACAUUGCAGGGGUCUGUUACAAAAGUUGUAAAAGGUGGACAGAGUGUUAUUAUUCAGACAAAUACGACAACACCUCUACACUGCCAGUGGCACAGUUAUCACAAAUUAUAGUUUGCAAUGCACACACAGAUUAAUCAUUUAGAUUUGCACUGAUGUUACGCAUUAUGUCUUUAAUACUUGAUUUGAACUGAAAUGCGACAAUGUGUCGCAUGCAGAUGAUACACAAAUCUAUAUAACCAUCUCACCAUGAGACUAUAAUCCAAUUCAAACAUUGAUCAAAUCCACUAAUCAAAUUAAAGAGUGGAUGUACCUAACUUUUCUUCAGUUAAAUGAAGACCAAAUGGAAAUAAUGAUUUUUGGAGCCAAAGAAAAAAGAUUAAACGUCAGCCCUCAGCUUCAAGAAAUGAAGCUAAAGCCAGAGAUCUGGGAGUGGUUCUAGACUCAGACCUGAAUUUUAACAGCCACAUUAAGACAGUAGUGAAGGCAGUCUAUUAUCACCUAGAGAACAUAUUAAGGAUUAAAGGACUGAUGUCUCAGCUGGGCUUAAAAAUACUUGUCAAUGCUUUUAUCUUCAGUAGACUGGACUAUUGUAACCCUGUUCUCGUGGGUCUCAGCUGCAGUCACUUCCAAACGCUGCUACCUGCGUGUUCACUAAGAUCAAGAGAAUUGACUGUAUAUCUCCAGUUCUUAGAUCUUUAUGUUGGCAUCCUGUCUGUCACAGAAUAGAUGUUCAAAUCCUGCUGUUGGUUUAUAAAUAUCUGAAUGGUCUCCGGCCAAAAUACCUAUCUGAUCUUUUGGUCCAUUAUGAACCAGAACCUUCAGGCCGUCAGGGUCACACAUACGGUACUUUCUGUACUCAAGAGUUUGAACCAGACACAGUGAGGUGCAUUCAGCUUUUAUGCCCCUCACCUGUGGAACAAAAUCCCAGAAUGCAUCAGGGCAGCUGAAACUCACUUGUUUUAAGUCAAAUUUGAAAACCUUUUUAUUUUCCAUUACAUUUCGGUGAUGUACCAAAAUGCACUGUAACCCUUUAUUUCUAGCAUCUUAUUUGUUUUGUUCUUUUUAACUUAUGUCUUUGUAUUUAAUUCUGCUUUUAAACUCUUACUUUUAAGAGUUUAAAAAAAUGCAUACUUUUACAUGCAUUUUUAAAAUGUAUUAAUGAAAAGCACUUUGAAUUGUCUUAUACUCAAAAUGUACUAUACAAAUAAACUUGCCUUGCCUGUGGCAUUGCAGGUUCUUGUACAUAAAAUGCGUGAGACACUCCAAUAAAUUUGCAUGACAGCAAACAACCAUGAAUUGUAUUUGAUUUUAUUUGUUUUUAUUUUAAAACCUAAGUGCUUAGACCGGAUGGUAC